AUGUCACGCGAAGGUGAGGAGCAGCUGACGGGCCGGGACAGCCGGUGGCGGCCGAGCCGAGGCCACAUGAGGACGAGUCUGAAGGACUUGGUGUGGCAGACCACCUCCCAACUCGACCUCUUGCGGCAGACCAGGGCGACGCUGAUCGGGCUGGGAGCAGAGUUCCCUCCGGACGCACCGCAGGGACUAUCGGUCCAGCAGAUCAGCGACGUGGACACGGCGGAGCUACGGGCCGACCCUCGUCUGUGGGCGGCGUACGAGCGCGGGUGGCGCGAGCACGCGAGGGCUGCACCGGCGAGUCCACCGGCACCGACGGACCGUCGGCCCAUACCGGGGCCAGUCCGCCACACCCAGCGGACGAUCCGGAAGGCGACCACGGCGCCAACGGCGAAGCCACACCCACGGCCGACACGCCAACCACCACCGGCACGCGCAGCGCAGGGACCAGCGCUGGCCAGUGCCCUGCCACCGGUGUACAGGCGUCCAAGCCAGCAGCAACGCCGGAGGCUGCCGACCGUCCAGCCGCGGCCACAGCCGGCAACUGCCCAACCACGGGCACAGCCGCCAACCGCCCAACCGCGGACACAACCGCCAACCGUCCGACCACGAACGCAGCCGACGUCUGUUCAACCGCGGGCCCAGCCGCCAAACGUCCCACCACGGACACAGCCACCGCCUCCAGCCCCGAUCCCGGAACGGCAGCCGGAAACCCCGGUGGACGCUAUUCCCCGGGAAGGGACCCCGAGCGUAGACGAGGAUGCUUGUCAGGCCCCCCCUCCAACGGUCGUGUCACACGAACCAAUGGAGGUGGGCGGUGACGACAUCCUUGUCGAUAUCGAGGCCCUAUACCGGGAAUAG